UCUAUCAAUUUAAAAAUGAUCGAUAUAUUGGUAACAGUGCUAUUUAACAUUCUGUGUUGUUUACCAAUAAAAUGUCUACUGAAAAGUCAUAUCGUACUGAUUUAAAGGGUAUACUCCGGUUUUUAUUGGAUCAUACGCAGAGCGAAGAUGCUAAGCAUGAGUCGUCAUUCAAAGAAAUGGAUUCAGAGAAAAAACAGUUUCUCGAAUCUGCUCUGAACUGUAUGACCACAGAUGUAAUGAAGGAGUUUGAAAAAGCAAUUUCAAUUUUAGAGAAUCAAAAUUCGGAAGUUGCCGAUAAGGUAGCUGCUUUGAAUAUUGUCAGAGAAAGUGUUGACGACAUUGACUUUGCCAAUAGCUUUGUUAAAGCUGGCGGUUCCGUUUAUUUAAUACAUAGCCUUUCACAUUCCGAUUCCGAAAUAAAAUGUUUAGCCGCUUAUGUAAUUGCGGAAAUGUCACAAAAUAAUCCAUUUUGUCAGCAAUAUUUUGUAGACGCUAAAACUAUGCCAAAACUGAUAAAAUUUUUAAAUGAACCUCAAGAGAUUGCCAAAAGUGGCUUACACGCAAUAUCUUCUUUAUUACAAAACUUCGAACCAGGACAGAAGGAGUUUCUAGACGCAAAUGGAAUAGAUAUGCUUUUAGCUUGUUUAAAUACGAAUAAUUCCAGAAUGACGAUAAGAGUUUGCUUUUUAAUCGCAAAAUUAGCAGAAAUUGGAGAUUUACGAGAUGAAUUUAUAGAGAAAAUGGCUAUCGCUCAGCUAGUAAAAUGUUUACCAAAUAAUUUUGCUGGUUAUGAUAACAGUCUGGAGACAACUCUUUAUGCCCUCUCUGAACUUUCGAAAAGUACUAAGUGGAAUGUUGACGAAAGUGAGGCAGAUAAACUGAAAACCUUGAUUAGUAGCAUCACAGGGAAGAGCGAUAUAGAGAAAGAGCACGAGGAAAUCUACCUGUAUGCCUGCACCAUACGCCAGAGGCUACCGUAAAUCACCAAAAUUGUAAAUAAAAUAGAGAAAAAUAUAAAAUGUAAAUUAUAUAUAUGAAA